CAUUUGUACCACGAUGGCGACUGUUUUAAAUUUGAAAGAGGUUAAUACAAAAUUGUUUAAUAUUCUUUUAAAAUCGGCUUUUACAAGCAGAAACUUUAGUCAACUGACCCUUAGACAAAAACCUCUUCGUCUACACACACCAUUAAUCUACCAGCUUCAAAAGUCUUCUACGGCACCUAAAGAACCAGAAAAAUCACCGAAAGCAAGCGCCAACGUUCUUUCGUUAAUCUUAAAUAAAGCGCCUAAAAAUAUACCAAGAAGUCAACCUGUCAGAGGAUGCUUUCACCCGGGGGCCUCGGCAUUAUCUCGGGAUGCCUUGCCAUUAGAGGGGGGCAAACCUAUUACAGGCAUGCAAAUGAUCAACGCGAUGUUGCAGUAUAUUUGGCCAGCAGACAACAAAGAAAUACGGGAUAGGGUAAAACUAGCCUUAUCCCUAUUAAUUGCUGCUAAAGUAGUGAAUGUGAGUGUUCCAUUUAUUUUUAAAUAUUCCAUUGACUACUUGAACCUUAAUGCUGGAUCAGUUUUAAACAUGGAUACAGCCCCUCAGACAGUCGCCACUGUGGCUACAAGUUUACUGCUAGGGUAUGGUAUAGCUAGAGCAGGAUCCGCUGGUUUUAAUGAACUGAGAAACGCUGUUUUUGCUAGAGUUGCACAACAUUCCAUCAGAAGAAUAGCAAAAAAUGUGUUUUUACAUUUGCACAAUUUGGAUCUUUCGUUUCACCUAGGCAGACAGACUGGUGCCUUAUCAAAAACGAUUGAUAGAGGUUCUAGAGGAAUAAAUUUUGUACUGACCGCAAUGGUUUUCAAUAUAGUACCCACAAUGUUUGAACUUGCUAUUGUUUCGUCUAUACUGGGUGUUAAAUGUGGUGCAGCAUUUGCAGGGAUAUCUUUGGGCUGUGUUGGUGUGUAUGCUGCUUACACGUUGGGCAUAACGCAGUGGCGUACGAAAUUUCGAAUUUUCAUGAAUAAAGCUGAGAACGAUGCAGGAAAUAAAGCUGUAGAUUCUUUGAUUAACUAUGAGACAGUAAAGUACUUUAAUAAUGAAAGGUAUGAAGCUGAUAAAUACGACGAAUCUUUAAAAAAAUAUCAGGAUGCUAGUUUAAAAACCAGUUCUAGUUUGGCAAUGUUAAAUUUUGGUCAGAAUGCGAUUUUUAGUGUUGCCUUGAGUGGUAUUAUGAUUUUGGCUGCAAAUGAAAUACUUAGAGGAAACAUGACUGUGGGAGACUUAGUAAUGGUAAAUGGUCUUCUCUUUCAAUUGUCAAUUCCUUUAGGAUUUUUAGGCAGUGUCUACAGAGAAGUAAGACAGGCUCUUAUUGACAUGCAAACUAUGUUUGCCUUAAUGUCUAUGGAUAGUAAUAUUAAGAACAAACCACAUGCACCCUAUCUGUAUGUUGAUUCUAAAUCAUCUGAAAUUGUUUUUGAUAAUGUUAGUUUUGAUUAUGGUUCAAGAAAAAGUAUCUUAAAUGGCUUGAAUCUAACUAUACCGCCUGGGAAGAAGAUUGCUAUUGUUGGUGGUUCAGGAUCGGGGAAAACUACCUUGGUGAGAUUGCUCUAUAGAUUCUUUGAGCCUACUAAUGGAAGGAUUUUAAUAGCUGGGAAUGAUAUUCGUAAUGUCGAUUUAGAAAGCCUAAGAAAAUCUAUUUCAAUUGUUCCUCAGGAUUCAGUGCUGUUUCAUGAUACUAUUUUACAUAAUCUAAGAUACGGAGACCUAAAUGCCAGUGAAGAAGAGGUCAUUGAGGCUGCCAAAAUGGCAGAAAUUCACGAUUCCAUAAUGAAGUGGCCUAAUAAAUACCAAACACAAGUGGGUGAACGGGGUUUGAAGCUAUCAGGAGGAGAAAAACAAAGAGUAGCGAUAGCCAGAGCUAUUUUGAAAAAUUCACCUAUCUUAAUUUUCGACGAGGCUACAAGCUCGUUGGAUUCUAUUACAGAAUAUAAUAUCCUUAAAGCUUUGCGCAAUGCUACCAAAGGAAGGACUUCCAUAUGCAUUGCUCACAGGUUGAGCACCAUCAUGGACUCUGACGAAAUAUUCGUUUUUGAGCACGGAAGAGUAAGUGAAAGGGGCACACACGACAGCCUUUUACAGAAUCCAAAUAGCCUGUAUUACAAGUUGUGGAAUACUCAAAACCACACUUAUAAACCUGUCAAAGAAGAAAAGUCAAAAGAAAUUUAGCUGUAAGUAAAAUGGUUUAUUUUUUUAAAGGAAGAGAAAUGUUUGUUUUAAGUUAAAAUAUUUUUCAAAAAUAAUAUGAGAAUUACACCGAAAAUAAUUUGAAAUUACGCCAAAAUACAGUGUCGUUACUCUAAAAAGGUAUUUCCAACAGUGCACGUAUUUUCCAAAAUGUGUUUUGCUGUACAGGAUGUCCAAAAUUCGGCGGGUCUAGGAAACUAUAAGUGUUGGAAAGAGGUCAAAUAAUGGUAGUUUUGCAAUAACUUUAUUUUUUAAAUACUUCAUUAAUUUUUAUUUAUUUCACAAAAAUAUAUACAUUAAAAAAAAAACAUGAAAUACAUCAUAAUUUUUUUAAUUUGCCAUAAUUUGACCUCUUUCGUAUCUCUAAUAGUUUCCGAGAUCUCAGUUCACCCUAGGACACCCUGUAUAAUAACUUUAAUCAAAGUUGACCUUACAUUUUUCCAUAAUAUAAGCAUAAUUCCUUUUCCAAAUACUUUUUAAGGGAUUUCAUCGACUAUACGUCUAAUUAUUUUGUUUAUAUAUUUUUUAGUUGUAUAAAACUGUAAAUACAAUAAUAAAUUACUUGUAUUUAUAAGUAUUAUUGUUCUAAAACUACUUUAUCUAGGUUAGGUUUUGUUCAUCACAGACACGCGCCAAAUUUUAAACAAAUAAUUAUAAUUUUAUUUAUUAUAAACAUUGUAAAUAAAUAUAUAUUAUAUAUAA